UCAAUGGAGAAGAGGGCGUGUCGGAGCCCUUUACGUGUAGCAGGUGACGGAGCCGGAAGUGGAGGGUCCCUGCAGUGUUGUGGUUAUUGCGGAAAUGGAGGGAACUGGCCAAGAUGGAGUGUCAUCUCCAGCUACCCCAGGCACCAGCAAGUCUAAGCUGGACACCCUGCCAAAAGAAGACCUCAUCAAAUUUGCAAAGAAGCAGAUAGUGGUGAUUCAGAAAGUAAAAUUAAGAUGUACAGAGUUGGAAAAAGAAAUAGAAAUCCUAAAAUCAAAACCAGUUAAAGAAGAGACUGAUGAUGUUUUGCAGGCACUCACGGAACGAUUGGACAUGGUGCUGCUGGAAAAAGCAGAAAAUCAACAACAGCUGAUAUCACUGAAGAAAGAAUAUGCUAAAACAAAAGAAGAAGCUGAAAGUGCUAUCAAAAAUGCAACAGAGGUGCAUCAAAAUAUGGAAUGUUCAAAUAAUGCUCUGCUACAAGAAAUUGAAGUAUUAAAGAAUGAAUUGCUGCAAACGCAGAACAAUCAUAAAACAGAUGUUGAUGCCAUAAAGAAGGAGCUUCAGGAUGCACUUGUGAAACAAAAGGAGCUGAAUGAUAGUCUGAGUUUACAAGAAAAAAAAGAAAUAUAUAUUAGAAAACUGGAGGAAGAAGUUCAACAUAUCCAUCUCGCUUCUAAUGACAAAAUAAAUAGUUUAGACAAAACACUGCAAGCUGCAGUAGAAGAAAACAACCAACUAACAGCAAGGCUAAAAGAUGCACAAGCAACCUCAGAAAAGUAUAAUGGUGAAAAUCAAGCUCUCCAUGCAGAGGUGCUGAAACUGCAGAACUUGCACCACGAUGAAGUUGCAAGUUUAAUGCAGCAACUUGAAAGGUCCACAAAACAGAGUGAACAGGAGAAAAUAGUACUGCAAGACUUGAUUAAGCAGUAUGUUGAGAAAGAGAAGAUGCUACAAGAGGAAAUGAGAGCAGAUAGGGAAAAGAAUGCGCAAGAAAUUGAAAUUCUUAGGAAAAAGUUGGAAGAGAACCGUAAUGUACCUGAAAUACAACCUACUCCACCUGUAUGCAGUGAUGAUGGCAUUCAUUGGCUGGAGAACCUUGUGACAGAUUUGGAAUCUCAGCAAAGCCUACUCAGAGAUGAGCUCACCUAUACCAGCAAUUUAAAAAUCGGCCUGGAAAAGGACGUUCAGCAUCUAAAAAGUGACUAUUUCCAUGAGAAGGAAGAUUUAGAAUUCAAAAUAAAUGAGCUUCAGCUUGCCAUUGAAGAUUAUAAUGCUUUAAUAGAAAAGCUACAAGCUAAGCUUCAGACCACUACGAUGGAAUACGAACAGCUUCAUCAACAAAGGACUGAAGAUAUAAAAAAUAUGAGGGAGCAGCACAACCGGGAAAUGAAAGAAAUGGAACGGUCAAUAACAUCAUGUUUUGAAAAUGACAGACUUUCUUUUGAGCAUGAAAUAAUUCUUCUAAAAGAACAGGUUGACAAAAUUAACAAGGAAAAAGAAGAAGCUGUAAGUAGUUAUGAAGGCUUACGAGAAACAUUCCUUAGCCUUCAGGCCGAACUUGGAGAAUCUGCUGGUAAGAUAAGCCAGGAAUUUGAAACAAUGAAGCAACAGCAGGCCACAGAUGUCAGUGAGCUGCAACAGAAACUCAGAUCUGCUUACAAAGACAAGAACGAUCUUCUUGAAACUGUGAAUCGGUUAAAGUGUGAAGUUGAGUUGCUUUCUACCAAACAAGAAGAAUGUGAUGAACUUCAGGGUAAGAUAACGCAUCUGAAACAAAUAAAUGAGGAGGUUACAUCAUCUCUACAGCAGAAGGAACUCCUGCUAAAAGAUUUCCAGUCCAAAAUUAGUGAAACCUCAGCAGAAAACGCAGAGAUGUCUUCCACUUUGAAAGCAUCAGUAGAAGAAAUACAAAGACUGCAGGAAAUGUACAAGUGUGAGCAGGACCGGGUAAAAACAUUACAGCAAGAAGCUGAAACCCUUGCAGCAGAUAACGAGCAACUGAAGCAAACAGUGGAUGCGCUGACACAGAAACUUCAGGAAUCUGUAUUAACACCCAAUGAGAGUGAAAAUGAAAAUUUUCAACUUCAGCUGACUCAUUUGAAAAAGGAUAAUGAAGAUGUUGUUGCUUCUUUACAUGAAAAAGAGAGCUUCAUUAAAGAUCUUGAGCUGAAAAUGAAAGAGAUGGCCACAGAAAAUGCUGAAAUGUCAACUAGCAUAGAAAUCUCAAGGAAAGAAAUCCUAGAGUUACAGCAGUCAUGCCAAAAUGAGGAAGCUAAAGCGCUAGAUUUUCAGCAUAAAUUUGAAGAACAUCAAAAGAUUAAUGCGCAGCUAAAACAAUCGGUGGAGACAUUGACACAACAGCUGCAGGAAUCGGUGGGCGGUAGGGAUCAAAGCCUCAGUGAAAUGAAAGUUCUCCAGCAACAGGUAGACAUGCUGGUCACUAACAAAGAGAAGUUGGAAACUGAUGCAAAAAGAUGGCAAGAUGACGCAUCAAGACUUCAAGAAGAAAAGGAGGUUAUAUCAAGAGACUUUGCUAGGCUUGUGUGUGAACAUAGUACUUGUGAGACUUCAAAAGAUGAGCUAGACAACGUAAGAACUAAAUUUCAGAUGGCAUUAGAAGGAAAAGAUAAAGUCUCAAUUUUGCUUGAGCAGAAAGAGCGCUAUGUAGAAGAGUUAAAAACUGAGCUUUUUGUUCUUCAGGACUUAUUGGCAGUUGAAUGCUUAGAUCCAGAUAUCGGUACUGUGCUUCAGGGUAUUAAUAAGGCAGUACUCCAGUUAAAAGAAGAAAAGCAGAAUGCGGUUUUACAGACAGAGGAGACAUCUGUUCAUAUUAACCGACUGCAGGAAGAAUAUGAAGCUCAGUGCUCUGAACUAAGAGCUCUCUUGAGUGACUACUCCAAGGAAAAGGUAAUUCUGAAAAAAGAACUGGAGGAAACACUUGCAGACAAAGAAGCACUACAAAGAGAUCUCUUUGAGAUGAAAAAUGCACUUGAAAAAUUAAAACUGGAAAAUCAGGAGUUACUACUGCGUAUUGAAGAUUUGACUUCAAACCUGAACUCCCUGCAAGAAAAAAAUGAUGCAGAUUCUAAGGCACAUGUACAAGAUGAAUUAAAUGUGACAGAAAACAAGGAGUCAGCUGUCGCUGCACAAGAAGCAAAUGCUGUCCAGGAAACUCUUUUAAAGUCGGAGGCAACGAGACUUGAAUGUGAUACUCUUGUGUCAGACCUUCAGAAGAAAAUAGACAAUCUAGAGAAAGAAUGCAAGGAGAGAGAAGAGAAAUGUAAUAAGAUUAAAGCUGUUGCCAUCAAAGCCAGGAAAGAACUAGAUGUCAAUAAAAAAGAGGUUCAGUCAUUAAAAAAAGAAUUGGAGCGAGUAAGAGCUGAAAAGGACCAGAUUAAAUUUUCUAUGAAGGAUCUUGUUCAAGGGGCAGAAAGCUACCAGAAUCUCAUGGUAGUAUAUGAUAAACAAAUGGAACAACUGGAAAAUGAGAAGGAGCGGGCCAGCUCUACAGAACAUCAAUUGGGAGAGCUCUCACGUCGGUUACAUUCUACUCUACUGGAGCAUGAGAAGCUGAAUUCUGUUAAUGAAGACCUGGUGACCCGCAUGGAAACAUUACAGUCCAACAACAGGCUACUGGAAGCUCAGAUACUUGAACUGCAGAGAGCUAAAACUGCAGUAGAUAAAGAUUUGGAAGCUGAAAAACUGAUUAAAGAGCAAAAAAUAAAGGAUCACAACAGUGCUCUUAAGCAGAUAGAAGAACUUCAACAGCAUCUUCAGAAAGAGAAAAAUAAGCUACAGAAAACUACACAAGAGCUUGAACUUUUGAGGAAGGAUGCUCAGAAGAGUUCAUUGAUGGAUAUGGAGAUGGCUGAUUAUGAGCGCUUGGUAAAAGAGCUCAACCAAAAACUCACCCAUAAAAGUAGUCAGUUGGAGGACUUGGAGCAGGAGAUUUACAUUCAAAAGCAGAAACAAGAAACUCUCCAACAAGAAAUAUCAACUUUGCAAACAACAAUAGAGCAGCAUGAGGAGUGCAGCACUAAGAUGAAGCAGCUGCUAGUUAAAACCAAAAAAGAACUGGCUGAUUCCAAGCAGGCGGAAUCUGAUCAGUUAAUAAUUCAGGCCUCCCUAAAAGGGGAACUGGAGGCAUGUCAGCAGCAUGUGGAAGUUUAUAAGAUCCAGGUUGCUGAGCUGACAUCUGAAAAGCACAAAGUACAAGAACAACUCAGAGCAUUGACAGAACAGCAUCAACGUGCGGCAAACUUGUACCAACAAAAACUGCUUGCCCUUCAGGAGGAGUGUACAGCAGCAAAGGCAGAGCAAGCUACAGUAACUGCUGAAUUUGAAAGCUACAAAGUUCGUGUUCAUAAUGUGUUGAAGCAACAGAAAAAUAAGUCUGCAUCUCAAGCAGAACAUGAGGUCUUCAGGCAGGAAAGGGAGCACCUGCAAACAAUGUUGGAUCAAGUAAAAAAUAAAUUACAGGAUGCUCAGCACAGUCUUCAGAUGAAUACAGCGGAGUUGCAGGCUUUACAGUCUGAACAUGACAUGUUAGUGGAGAGGCAUAAUAAAAUGCUGCAAGAGACAGUGACCAAAGAAGCUGAACUUAGAGAAAAGUUGUGUACAGUGCAGUCAGAAAACAUGGUGCUGAAGACUGAGCACACGCAGGUAGUGAGUCAGCUCGGUGCUCAAAAUGAAGCACAACGCAACAACUUUAGGGACCAAGUGAGGCGUUUACAAGAUGAUCACAGGAAGACUGUAGAAACUCUGCAGCAGCAGCUGUCCAAAGUAGAAGCUCAGCUCUUCCAAGUUAAGAGUGAAGUUACUGUCACAAAUCCUACAGGUUCACAGCAGCCUGUGAAAAGCUUAAGAGAAAGAAGACCAAAUGACCUUGUGUUGGAUUUGUACUCUGUUGCUAGAGAAGAAGGUGAAGGAAUGGAAACCACAGACACCGAUUCUGUGUCCUCUGCCAACACUCACAUAGCUAGUCUGGAGCAGCUACUUGGUUCAUCUGAUUUAAAAACAGCUGUAGAGACCCCCCAAUGGCAGCCUGAAAUUUCCAGGGAAGAACUAAACGAGAAGCUCAAUACAGCAUCAAAGAGUGUGGAUCAUCUGAGUGGUUUACUGCAUGAAACAGAGGCAACAAAUGCCAUGCUUAUGGAACAGAUAACACUCCUGAAAAAUGAAAUUCGACGUCUGGAAAGGAAUCAGGAAAGAGAAAAAUCUGUGGCUAAUUUAGAAUAUCUGAAAAAUGUCUUGCUGCAAUUCAUUUUCCUCAAAGCAGGCAGCGAAAGACAACGUCUCCUUCCUGUCAUAGACACCAUGCUUCAACUUAGCCCAGACGAGAAAGGAAAGCUCUAUGCCAUAGCUCAAGGUGAGGAGGAGUCUGCGUCUCAGCCAGCUGGAUGGGCCUCCUAUCUCCACAGCUGGUCAGGACUCCGGUAGCUUCCAGGGCAGAGAGACUUGUACAAAAACAUUCCAAAUUUGCACUAAAACAUUGUAAGGAUUUUACAGUAUAUGGUUUUAUGAAUAAUUAUUGUUAAAACUGGAAACUCCCAGGUGUCUUUCAAAAAUUAGGAAUCUUAGAGUGCCUAUUUAAAAGUGAAUAUUAAAUUAUAAGUACCUCUGUACAAAGUUAUUCUACUAUGAUUACAUACUGUGAUGCCUUUCUGUUUGGUUGGUUAUAGCUUUUUCAUCAAUUAGUGAAUUGCUUUUAAGAAAAGAUUUAUAAAUUGCACACUGCUGCAACAUGUAUGAAGGUUUUUUGUUUUUGAAAUGUCUUAAUACAUAUGGUAUUACAAACCAAAGAAUGUAUGCUAGAUAUUAGCAACCUUCUUUAGACAGCCGUCAGCUUAUUUAAAUUAAGUUGAUUUUAUUAUAAUAAAGCCUCCAUCUUUUGGAUAUUUCAGCUUGA